CUGUUGUCUGAGAAAUGAAUAACAAUGAUUUUCAAGUUUAUGAAGAAAAAAUCCAAUCUUUAGAAGAAGAAAUUAAGAUGUUAACUGAAGAAUAUGAAAGCAGUCAACAUGAGUCAAUGGCUUAUUCUGAUAGAGAGAUAAUGGAGACUAUGAAAUCAUUUAAAAGCAAAUCCAAGCAAUAUGAAUCUUCUCCAGACUUGAAAACUCAGCUUGACUUAUUAGAGUUUGACCUCUCCUUCAUAAUGAAACUGACAGGCAUUUGGCUCACACAUUAUUCCAGGAAACCUGUGGAGAAAAGUGAAACUAAAACUAUACAAAAGUAUAGAGUAUCGGGAAACUGUCAGUCUGUGCCCUUUCAGUUGGAAUUUCAACUGGUGGAAGAAAAUCAGAGUAACAAAAAUGUUACAGCUGUUGUUACUGAUCUUAAUAUUAUAAUAGAAUCUGCGGAAUAUUCUGAUUUAAGCAACUUUGUAUCCAGGGUUGAAGAGAGUGGGAACCUCUUGCUGUUCUUCAAAAGCCUCUCCUAUUUCUCUGAAUGGUGUGAACAUCGGAAACGCACUUUGAGCUAUUUCAAGACUAAGUAUCCUGAAGUUGUAGUACUUCCUGAAGGAUUGUCUGGAGAUUACAUGAUCUUAAGAAGCACUCAGCUUCCUGGAUUUGAGUUAAUGAUUGUUUGGAAGAUAAAUGUAGAUAAAGAAGGAAAAGUUACACCAGCCUUGGAUCUCCUGAGCAAAAUACCAAACUCAGUUAUGGAGGCUGACAAAUUUGCAUCAGAUUCUUCACACUGCUUCAGAAGCUUACUGCAUGUGCUUGGGAUACAAGCCUCCAUUGAAACACUCAUAACUUCACUUUGCAAAGACAAACGAGUACCAGUAGAUUAAGUUAUACAUCUAUCAUUUUAUUGAAUAUAAACAUUAAGUUAUUUUCCAUUUAGAAACCAUACCCAUAAAACAUGCUAUCUGUACAAUUAUGGCACAAAUAUAUAAAUUGUCAUGACAAAUAAAUACAGCCAUUUAAAUACAAAA